AUGGCUACUUCGUUUUUGGUCAUCAAGACGCUGAUCGUUCCGGCGCUCAUCUCGCUCAUCCUAUUCCUCGUCACGACAUACCUCAUUAUACCAUUCUGGCAGCGAUACCGUACGCGGUACAGCCAGUAUCUCCCCCUGGAGACCAUCUCCAACCAGACGCUGUCCAUCAGGGCGCGGGUGCAGAAUGGCAUUGCAAACUUCCUAGUCCCAUCGACGUGGCGGCAGCGGUUGCAGGAUCGCAUCGCCGUCGCGGACCCGUCCGACGCUGGGUUUGACUCAGACGAGGGAGAGGAGCUGGGCGAGGUAGAUGGAUCGGUGAUUGCAGACCUCGGACAUCAGCCGCAGGUCAUUGACGACACAAGGAGGUUAAGCAGAGACUUGGAAGAGGGCUUCAGAGACGACAGUGAUGAAGAGUCGUCGGAUUCUGGGAGAUGGCACUAG